GGGAGGUUACACGGCUCACCUGUUCCUCAUUACUGCUGGGAGCUCUGUAGCCUUUGUACAAGGCAAACACUUGCUGUGCUCUACUGAGCGAGAACUCCACGUUUACCACUAAACCCUCUGCCAGGCUGAAGCGAUUAUCAAGAUGUCUUGCAAAUUCAGGCUUUUGCUGGAAAAUGCAGAUCAGUUGGUUGUUAUCUGUCAGAAAGGAGAAGAAUUCCUGCUCCUGGAAGGAAUGCAACAUCUAGUGGUGCUGGAGAAAGCCAGCCUGGUGGUCGGCAAUGACGGCUAUAUAAAGGCUAUAGGACCCACAGAGACUAUACAUGGUCAGUUUUCACAUGCAGAAUUUGAGACUGUGAUUGACUGCUCUGGAAAAUGUGUUCUACCAGGCUUUGUAGAUGCUCACACCCAUCCUGUGUGGGCAGGUGACAGAGUACAUGAGUUUACUAUGAAACUUGCAGGUGCCACUUAUAUGGAUAUUCAUCAGUCUGGAGGAGGAAUAAAUUUUACGGUAGAACAUACAGAAUCUGCUUCAGAAGAAGAACUGUUCUGUAGCUUUAAACAACGGCUAGAACGCAUGCUCAGGGCUGGAACCACUUUAGUAGAGUGCAAGAGUGGAUAUGGGUUAAAACUAGAUACAGAACUAAAGAUGCUAAGAGUGAUUGAACGAGCUCAGAGAGAAAUGGAUAUUGGCAUCUCUUCCACAUAUUGUGGAGCUCAUAGUGUACCAAAAGGAAAAAGUGUUAAAGAGGCCACGGAUGACAUUAUAGAACAUCAUCUUCCUGCCUUGAAGCAAAUGGCAUUAAACGAUGAAAUUCACGUAGACAAUAUUGAUGUCUUCUGUGAAAAAGGAGUCUUUGACCUGGAGUCCACAAGACAGAUUCUUCUUGCUGGGAAAGCAAUUGGCUUACAUCUAAAUUUUCAUGGAGAUGAACUUAACCCCAUGAAUUCAGCAGAGCUGGGAGCAGAGCUCGGAGCACUUGCUGUUAGUCACUUAGAAGAAAUAAGUGAUGAAGGGAUUUCUGCGCUGGCUGCUGCAAAGUGUUCAGCCAUUCUAUUGCCUACAACUGCCUACAUCUUGAGACUGAAGCAACCUCGAGCAAGGAACAUGCUCAAUGCUGGAGUAAUAGUAUCUCUAGGCAGUGACUUCAAUCCCAAUGCAUACUGCUUCUCAAUGCCUAUGGUGAUGCACCUUGCCUGUGUCAAUAUGAAGAUGUCUCUGAAGGAAGCUCUGGCUGCUACCACAAUCAAUGCUGCGUACUCUCUUGGAAGAUCUCGCACGCAUGGUUCAUUAGAGGUUGGGAAAGAAGGAGAUGUGGUUAUCAUUAAUGCUCCACGAUGGGAACAUGUGAUUUACCAGUUUGGGGGACACCAAGAAUUAAUUGAAUAUGUUGCUAUAAAAGGAAAAAUUGUUUAUAAGAAUGAAAGAAUUCUUGGCCUAUAAGAAGGUUGCAGCUUUAAGAUGGAAAGAAUUACUGUGGUCAAUUGGCGAUAACUGCAUAGGGGAACAAGCAGAGACGCACUGAAUGUGUUUCUAAACUUUGCUGGACUCCUCCGCUGGACUGCAUUACAUCUGACUAUUAAAUCAUUCACCAAUGUUAGACCUGCUGUAUAUUUAGGGACAUAUAGUCAGAUUUCUCUAUGGAGUUGAUUGAAUGCAAAAUUAAGUUACAGUAUACUGGAAGAACAUUAGAGGCCACAUUAAUUGUCAAGCACAAUAAAUAAUUAAAAAAAUCUUUAUUUU